AUGCAAACUGUCCAUGCGGCGCUUCUUCCUUCUGGUCGCAUUCUUCUGGCUAGUGGAAGUAGUUGGCGAAACCGUGGUCCCAUUGAAACUUAUCCGCAAAUGAAUGAUCCUCAAGGUGGUCAAGGCAUCUUUCGAGAAACAGAAGAUCCAUUUCUUACCAAUAAAAUAGAAGACUACUACCAGCUUGUAAAUAAUGCUGGGAUCUAUGAUCCAAGCAAAAAUACGUUCUAUCGCAUUCCACAUCCGGAGCCCGUUCCCGAUCCGAAAUGGCCAGGACAUUUCGCACCAAAUGAUCUCUUUUGUACAGGCCACUUGCAUGUUCCUGACGGCAAUGUACUAUUUGUCGGUGGCACACAAUACUAUCAUCCGUUUCGAACAGGCCACCGAGCAACAUACCUGUUCGAUUGGCGAAAAGAGGUUCAAAUUCGGUGGAACAACAUCGAUUGGAGACGUAUGCCCAGUGUUGCGUUUUCAAAUGAUUCGAUGAAUCCGUGGAUUUUUGCUGGUACGUGA